GCCGCCGCCUGGUUGGUCCCCGCGGCCGCCCGUGCCGUGGGGGGGGCAGCGCGCGGCCGCCGCCGGAGAUCACAGCGUAGACCAGCUCCUGGCACCACUGAGCCAAACUGGAUUUCCACCAGUGACCUGGGAGCAGUGAGUCCCGUGCGGGCCUGUGCGUGCCCUCGGCCAGCAUGACCAGCGAGGUGGUGGAGAACGAGUUUGAGUUUUACUCCAAGGCAGAGAAGUACUGGAAGGAUGUGCCCGCCACGGUGGAUGGCAUGCUGGGAGGCUACGGCCACAUCUCCAGCAUCGACAUCAACAGCUCCAGGAAGUUCCUGCAGAGGUUUCUGCGGGAUGGCCCCAACCGGACGGGGACAACCCGUGCUCUGGACUGCGGGGCUGGCAUCGGCCGGAUCACCAAGCGGCUGCUGCUGCCCCUCUUCAAGACAGUGGACAUGGUGGAUGUGACAGAGGACUUCCUCACCAAGGCCAAGAGCUACCUGGGCGAGGAGGGCAGGCGGGUGCGCAACUACUUCUGCUGUGGCCUCCAGGACUUCAGCCCUGAGCCAAACUCCUACGAUGUCAUCUGGAUCCAGUGGGUCAUCGGACAUCUCACUGAUAACCACCUCUCCGACUUCCUGAAGCGCUGCCGUGCCGGCCUGCGGCCCAACGGCAUCGUGGUCAUCAAGGACAACAUGGCCCAGGAGGGUGUGAUCAUGGAUGAUGUGGACAGCAGCGUCUGCCGGGACCUGGACGUGGUCCAUAAGAUCAUCCGCAGAGCUGGGCUGCACCUCCUGGCUGAGGAGCGCCAGGAGAACUUUCCUGAUGAGAUCUACCACGUCUACACCUUUGCCAUGAGAUGAGGGCAGUGGGAGAAGGUCUCUCCCGUGUCGUGACUCCCCUUCCAGGGGCCGGUGACAAGGACGGGACUUUGUCUUCCAAGUUGCUGCUGUUUGUGAAAAGAGGUGUUUGCCAAAUACAUUUUCCUGCUGUUGCA